AUGCCUCAAAAAGAAGCCUGCCCUAAGGGCUACUCGCAAGUGCCCCAGGCUACCAACCAAGAAGCUUCCGUCCAUGUUCGAAGCAGCACAAAGAGCAAGAUUCCCUUCGAUUUUACCUUUGAAGCUGUUCGUCCCAACCUAUUCCGAGCCACCUUCUCAUCCACAGAGCACCCUAUUCCUCCCUAUCCUAGUGUCACCAAGCCAGAGACCAAUCUCCAAGGUGUCAAUGUUUUCGCCAAGGAGAGUACUUCUUCCAAGACAUUCGAUGUCGCCGGUAUCACUGCCGUGGUAGACUGGGAACACAGCCCAGUGGUCAAGCUAUCAUGGGCCGGCUCCGAGAAGCCUUUGCAUGAGGAUCUACCGCUGCGCUCCUUUGUCGCAGACGGCGAGGGUGUUGCCAACUACUCCGUGCAUGAUCGCGAAUAUCUCCACGUCGGACUUGGCGAGAAGGCGGCUCCUAUGGAUUUGAGCGGUCGUCAAUUCCAGCUCUCCGCCACGGAUUCCUUCGGAUAUGAUGUAUAUAAGACCGACCCCCUCUACAAGCACAUCCCACUCUUGAUCAAAGCCUCUGCAGAGGGCUGUGUGGCCAUCUUCUCAACAACCCAUGGCCGCGGUCUGUGGUCUGUGGGAGCCGAGAUCGAUGGUCUCUGGGGACACUUCAAAGUGUACCGUCAGGACUAUGGUGGUCUUGAGCAGUACUACAUUGUUGGAAAGACCAUCAAGGACGUUGUCCGCUCGUACGCCGAGCUGGUUGGUUUUCCUAUUCUUGUGCCCCGUUGGGCUUACGGCUACAUUUCCGGUGGCUACAAGUACACCAUGCUGGAGGAGCCUCAAAAGGCGCAUCUGGCUCUUCUAGAGUUUGCCGAGAAGCUCAAGGAACACGGCAUUCCAUGCUCGGCUCACCAGAUGAGUUCAGGUUACUCCAUCGCUGAGACUGAGCCCAAGGUUCGCAAUGUCUUCACAUGGAACCGGGAUCGCUUCCCGGAUCCCGAAGAUUGGAUUUCAAAGAUGCACCAGUACGGCAUUCGCCUCUUGACCAAUAUCAAGCCAUUCUUGUUGGCGUCUCAUCCAGACUUCCAGAAGCUCGUCGAUGCCGGUGGAUUCUUCAAGGAUGCUGACAAGGAGCCUGGUUAUAUGCGUCUAUGGAGUGCCGGUGGUGCUACCGGCGGCGACGGUGCACACAUUGAUUUUACCUCCGCAGAGGCCUUCAAGUGGUGGUACGACGGCGUCCAGAGUCUCAAAAAGGUCGGCAUCGACGGCAUGUGGAAUGACAACAACGAAUACACCCUACCAGACGAUGACUGGACCAUGUCUCUCAACGAGCCCACCGUCGCCGACGCCGCAGCAAAGAACGUCAAGAACUCCGUCGGUCUCUGGGGCCGCGCCCUUCACACCGAGCUCAUGGGUAAAUCCUCCCACGACGCCCUCCAAGACAUGGAACCCAAGCAGCGACCCUUCGUCCUCACCCGCAGCGCCACAGCCGGAACCCUCCGCUAUGCCGCAUCCUCCUGGAGUGGUGACAACGUCACAAGCUGGGAAAACAUGAAAGGCGCAAACGCGCUCUCCCUAAACGCCGGCAUGUCCCUCCUCCAAUGCGAAGGCCACGACAUCGGCGGAUUCGAAGGCCCCCAGCCCUCCCCCGAACUCCUCCUCCGCUGGGUCCAACUUGGCUGCCAUGCCCCUCGCUUUGCAAUCAACUGCUUCAAGACCUCACCGAAAGACUCCGACGUCGGCGACGUCAUCGAGCCCUUCAUGUAUCCCGAGAUCACCCCCCAGAUCCGCGACACCAUCAAGCGCCGCUACGAAAUGCUGCCGUACAUCUACUCGCUCGGGCUGGAGAGCCACAAGUUCGCGACGCCGCCGCAGCGCUGGACGGGCUGGGGCUACGAGAGCGAUCCAGAGGUGUGGACGAAGAAGCUCAAGGAAGGCGAGGAGCAGUUCUGGUUCGGCGAGACUGUUCUCGUCGGCGGAGUCUACAAGAAGGGCAUCGACGUCGCGAGCGUCUACCUGCCCCGCAAGAACGUCUUCGACUACGGCUUCGUCAACAUGAACGCCCCCUACCAGUAUCUUGCGUCUGGGCAGUGGGUUGAGAUUGCGUCCGAGUGGCAGAAGAGCAUUCCGCUGAUUGCCCGCGUUGGCGGUGCUAUUCCCGUCGGCAAGAACGUGCACACCCGCGUUCCUGGCGAUGAUACCGCUGCUUCCGUUGCUGUCCAGGAGAUUGACGAUUACCGUGGUGUGGAGGUGUUCCCACCUAAGGGCACUUCGCACGGUACCGUCUUUGCUACGACUUGGUAUGAGGAUGAUGGUAUCUCGGUACAGCCUGAGACUGCGGCGUAUACGAUCAGCUACAGUUCUACUGAGGAGACGGUUUCUGUGAAGCUUGAGCGUGAUGAGAAGAGUGGGUUUGUUCCUGCUUGGAAGGAUCUGGAUAUUGUCUUGCAUAAUGGCGACCAGCGCCGUGUUGUCUCUAGCACUGGUGAUGAUAUCGUGCUAAAGGGUACUGAUUCGCGGGGUCGGGUGGUCUACACCCUCAAGGCUUAG